UGCUCUCAGGUUUGGUGCUAAGCGGAUGCCCCCCUUCAUUGCUCUCAUAACUCCAGCGACGCACAGACACACGCGUAAUUUUCUGGGGGCAAAAUUUUUCGCAUCAAAAACAUUUUCGUAUCAAUUUUUGUUUGCAUUGCAUUGCCCGCACACGUCCGACUGUCAUCGUUUGUUUUCAAUUGCUGAUCGUUUGGCAGCUUGUUGUGAUUUUUACGAUCGAACCGUUCAGUCUUGAUUUCAAGAAACCUGUGUGAUCAGUGCUGCAAACUCAGAGGACAUUGUUGCCAUUCCAGUAGAACUUAACCAAAACUGGGAGAAGAGGAAGAAAGUGCCGACUAUUCCUGUUUUCGGAUGACUGUCGUCGUUGUCUUCAAUUAAUUCCUGCAAAAAAAGAAAACUUGUUAUCGCUACGUUGAUUGAGAACCUGCGUCUCAAUUGUUUUUUUUUUUUUUCCAACGCUAUCGCGUCGGCGUCUUCACAUCCGUGCACGAUGAAUCAAAAGUGCAAGGUGUGCGGCGAACCGGCGGCCGGGUUCCACUUCGGCGCCUUUACCUGCGAAGGAUGCAAAUCGUUUUUCGGCCGGACGUACAGCAAUGUGUCGGCGAUCGGCGAGUGCAAGAACGGCGGCAUGUGUGUCAUCAACAAGAAGAACCGGACGUCGUGCAAAGCCUGCCGACUGCGCAAGUGCCUCCUGGUGGGCAUGUCCAAGAGCGGCUCCCGCUACGGCCGCCGCUCCAACUGGUUCAAAAUCCAUUGCCUCCUUCAGGAGCAGACUGGAAUGGACGCGCCGCUGGGAAGCGCCGGACUGGGCGGUAGCGGCAACCACCCGGAUUUGAGCAUGUUUAAACGCCAUCACGCCAUGGCGGUGGGUAGCGGAAGUCCCGGAGGUUGCAACAGUUCCGACACCACGGGCGACAAGGAGAAAUCGGGACACAACAACAAUAACAACAACAUGUCGUCAUCGUCGUCGGUUGUAUCCGGCCGGAGCGACUCUCCUAUGGAUGACAACGACGAUUGCGCUGCGUCGAAAGAAAAUUUGCGGAUGCUACUCACCGGAAGCCCUUCGGAAUCGUUCAACCUUUUCCACCACCAUCACAGCAAUCACAAGCGGAAGAAUUCGACAUCACCCACAAGAGGCGGAGGGCUUUUAGCCAUUGCCGGAUUGCCUUUCGGAGGCCAUCAUCAAACACCGUCAUCACCUUUAACUGUCGCCGAUCCCGUCCGGACGAGUAGCCCGAAACUGUCGGCUGAAUCGAGCGGACGUCGAUCUCUGGUCUAUCCGAGUAGUCAUUUCUUGUAUCCGCUCAUUGCCCGCCAACAUCAUCCGUACCGAUCGUCGGUCGAAUUCCGGAGAUCUGGAAGCCCGUCAUCUAUUCCGAGUCCCGUUGAUUCUCUACCUGAACAGGACGGACCGAUUGAUUUGUCUUGUAAAGCGUCGUCUUCUUCGUCUUCGUCAUCGCCUUUCGGACAACACCAGUCCAUGUGCCACAUCCGGGCGGAAAUCCUCACCGAAUUGGAUGACGAAGAAGAGGAUCUUCAUCAUUUAAUGACGAGCGAAACGGGAGCUCCGCUCGAUCUCACCACCAAAGGUUGAGAUUUGUUUAUCAACCAAGCGUUCAUUUUUUGUUUUGCCUAGGCCUCUCUCUCUAUACUAUAUGUAUUAUAAAAAGAAAGCUAAAAUUGUUUGUGUGUCUUCCAAACAAGUUUCAAUCCGUUUCACUUCAACGUAUUGUUCACGAAAAAAAAAAGUGCCAAAAAAAAAAAAAGGAGAAAGAGUUGAUUUUAUACAAGAAAAAGGGCAUAAUGGGCUGUUGGCGUGAGCCUGUGAUUUGUUGUUCUGAUUUCCGGAGGAAUAGAAAAGUAAAUGGCAGCACGUUCACGUCUAAUGGUUGAAUGUACCGGUUGUGUCUACUGAGAGACGGGGGCGAUUAAAUUUGCAUUACAAUGGGGGUCGGUAUUUGCAUGAAGGCGAGCAGCCAGUUGCCAUUAACUGCUCUUCUUCUACAUUUUUCUUCUGUACGUUUUUGAUCGUUUGCCUCAUUCCCCCCCCCCCCCCCUUCUCGUGAAUACCUUGAAUACCUACGUUCAACAACAUCCACUUGUUCCUCUUCAUUGCAUAUCUACCCUCUUUUUGGAGGGGACUUUUGGAAAACAAAAAAAAAAACAAAAAUUGUAGACGCCGUUUUACUUUGACAGAGUCUUCCAAAUGAUUUUCGUUCGUUGUUUUCAUUAUGAUCGACAUACGAGCUGCAGGUCAGAGAUUAAUCUCUCUUCCUUCUCCUCCUUCUUCAUUCCUCCCCUGUACAUAUUGAAAAUCCUUCACAAAAUAAUAGUUAUAAUAAUAUAAUAUACACACCGGUACAAAAAUACAAGAAAA